AUGGAUUUUUUUUAUCCACGGAAGUUAACACCGGAACUUUUACGUGUGCAUCCGUAUGUUUCGGGCAGUCCGGCAGACAUUGUAAAAGAAAUUGUUGAAUUUCCUGCCAAAGGUCAUUACGCUGUUAAUGCUUCCUACAGGACACCGGAUUUCUAUGAUGAGAUAAAGAUUGCAUUGCCGGUUGAUUUAAACGAUGGCCAUCAUAUUCUCUUCACAUUCUAUCACAUUACCUGUAAACCAAAUAAGAUUGGUGAAGAAGUGAGAACUCCGAUCGGCUAUUCCUGGAUACCGCUGCUCAGAGAUGGACGAUUGCAAACCGGUGAAUAUUCGUUGCCAAUUGCGCUGGAACGAUUGCCCCAGAGUUACGGGUAUUUGCCAUCGGAUGUGAAUUUGCCAAAUAUCAAAUGGUUGGAAGGGCAUAAGCCACUUUUUAAUGUGGUACUCGAAGCUGUAACAACCGUUCAUACUCAGGUACCAAUGUUCUGCAUGGCAUUUCAUGUGUUUGUUUAG